AUGGCAAGAAUACAAUUGCAAGUUCAACAUAUGAUAUUCAUUCUUCUAUUGUUAUGGCACAUAACAACUACUAGUACUUCACCGACCUCAUCAAAAUUUGCAGCACCGCCGAUAGCAAAGCCUAAUUGCAGAACGCACUGUGGAAAUGUUAGCAUCCCAUACCCUUUUGGGAUUGGACCAAAUAAAGAUUGUUACUAUGAUGAAUGGUUUCAACUAGAAUGCAACAAAUCUACUGGGGACAAGCCAUUCCUGAGGCUGGCCCAGCUGGAGGUGCUGAGCAUUUCUAUCGAAGGCAUGCUUCAGUUUAAGUACCCUGUUACUUUCUUCAGCUGCAAGGGAAAGGAAACUCGCCAAGCUCCAAAUUUGACUGGAAGCCCCUUCCUAUACUCGGUGACGCACAAUAUUUUCACAGCUGUGACUUGCGGUCACCUUGCCACUGUGAGAUCAGAAAAGCAUGUUUUUCACGGAUGCGAAUCAACUUGUGAUUGGAGUACAAACAACACUAAUCUCUGUGAUAUCGAAAUAAACUGUUGCCAGACUAACAUUCCUCCAAAUCUCAGUGUUUUCACUACUGAAAUACAAGGAAAAUAUCAAAAUGGCGGUUGCGGCUAUGCAUUUGUUGUUGACCAAGAUUGGUUUGUGAACAAUUUAUCAAGUUAUAGAGCUAUCCAGGGCAUGGACAGCGUACCUGUGGUGCUAGACUGGAAGAUCAGCUUAGACAAUACUUCACUCAGAUCCUUUAAAGGAUUUAUUGGAACAGAGCCAGAUUAUUAUGAUUUUGAACGGAACUAUAUUAUUGACUCAACACCCUAUUGUGAAAUAUACAAUGCCACUACUUCUUCCACAUACAAUAAGUCAAGCCUUCACUGUUCCUGUCCGGCGGGCUUUGAAGGAAAUCCUUAUCUUCUCCACCCUUGUCAAGAUAUUGAUGAAUGCAAGGACCUUAAUCAGUGUACCGAUCUGCUAGCUUUAAGGGAAUUCGGAGGCAGUUCUAUAUGUGAGAAUUUCGUUGGUGGCUAUAAAUGCUACUCAAAUGUAACUAGAAGUACAUGUGUGUAUUAUGGUGUAGCUAAUUGGGAAUGCUACUUGGAUCCUAUGACAUCUCGGUCCCAUCGAAUCAGAACCAUUCUUUUAGGUCUUUUCAUGGGUCCUGGACUAUUGUUACUACUCGUUGGGGCAUGGCAUGCAUACAAAGUCAUAAAGAAAAGGAAAAACAUCAAACUCAAGGAAAGGUUUUUCAAACGAAACGGUGGUUUAUUGUUACAACAACAAUUAUCAUCAGGUGAAAUCAAUGUUGAGAAAAUCAAGUUGUUCAAAUCAGAGGAGUUGGAGAAGUCCACUGACAAAUACAACAUUGAUAGAAUUCUUGGUCAGGGAGGCCAAGGUACCGUCUACAAAGGCAUGUUUGCAGAUGGAAGAAUCAUUGCGGUAAAGAAGUCUAAGAUAUUGAAUGAAGGCCAACUUUCAGAAUUCAUUAAUGAGGUUGUAAUUCUUUCACAAAUCAAUCACAGAAAUGUGGUCCAAUUAUUAGGUUGUUGUUUAGAGACUGAAGUUCCACUCUUGGUUUACGAAUUCAUACCAAAUGGAACCCUUUCCCACUAUAUUCAUGAGCAGAAUGAAGACUUUCCACUUACAUGGAAACUGCGGUUACGAAUUGCCACAGAAAUUGCAGGAGCUCUAUCUUACUUGCAUGGUGCAGCUUCCUUUCCUGUUUAUCACAGAGACAUCAAGUCUACCAACAUACUCUUAGAUGAGAAAUACAGAGCAAAAGUUGCUGACUUUGGCACUUCAAGAUCAAUUGUGAUUGGCCAGACUCACUUGACCACAGUUGUACAUGGCACAUUUGGUUACUUGGACCCGGAAUACUUCCAAUCAAGCCAAUUUACAGAGAAAAGUGCCGUCUAUAGUUUCGGAGUUGUCCUUGUUGAGCUCUUGACUGGUCUACAACCAGUUUCUGCAGUAACAGGGUCACAAGGAAAUGAAUACAAAAGUCUUGCCACUUAUUUCAUUACUUCGAUGCAGGAAGAUCGUCUAUUUGGCAUUCUUGAUGCUGGGGUUGUGAUGGAGGGCUCCCAAACAGAUAUCAUAACUUUUGCUAACCUUGCAAUGAGAUGCUUGAAUUUGAAUGGAAGGAAUCGCCCCACAAUGAGAGAGGUCGUGACGGAGUUGGAGGCCAUUCAAAUGUUGAUUGAAAACACUGGUACUGUUCCAGAGAGUUACAACGGGGUUGAAUCUGCUGUAAGUGACAUAAAUGAGCACUGGGAUGCUGUUUCAAGUUCAACAGAGUAA